GGCAGCAGGUGGGAGCGGGGCUGUUGAUAUCAAUAUGGCGGUUGUCAGCCAGACAAAGACAGUCAGUCUGAUGUGAUUGAGACAAGGGAGGUUUUCAGGGGGAGAGUGGGAGAUAGGGGCCUCCCCUCCCCCUUCUCCUCUUCCUGCGCCGGCCUCAACCCCUCCCCAGUCCCGACGGGCGCCCCACGCGGAAGACACCCCUCCCCCUCCCGCUUUCCCCUCCUCCCUACCUCAGCCCUUCGUACCGGGACGUUGGGGAGGGGGCUGUGCCGGGCGGAGAGAACUCAGCAAGGAUUCUGAGCCAUUCGUUCUUCACCGAGAAACUCUCCAUGUGCCCUUCAAAUCACAGCUAAAUGUGAAUGAUAAAUAACGCUGAUCAUCUCUAGAAAAGAUAUUGAUUCACCUCAUGUGAAGUAUGCUCAGUUCCUUUCCAGUGGUUCCUUGAAAUCUCGUAUCUAAACAAGGUCAGUUUAUGACGAAUUUUGAAAGUAUGAAGACCUUCAGAGCAUGAAGUUAGCAAUGGACAACUCCAUUUUCAAGAGAAAAGAAUAAUGUACAGAAACCUGAAUUUACCAAAUCAGUAAGUUAAGAGUUUGCUGGAAACCAUGUCUCACUAUACAGAUGAACCCAGAUUUACCAUAGAGCAGAUAGAUCUGCUUCAGCGCCUUCGACGUACUGGAAUGACUAAACAUGAAAUUCUCCAUGCCUUGGAAACUUUGGACCGUCUUGAUCAAGAGCAUAGCGACAAGUUUGGAAGAAGGUCCAGCUAUGGAGGAAGUUCAUAUGGGAAUACUACCAACAAUGUUCCAGCAUCUUCCUCUACAGCUACAGCUUCCACACAGACCCAACAUUCUGGAAUGUCCCCAUCACCUAGCAACAGUUAUGAUACCUCCCCACAGCCUUGUACUACCAAUCAGAAUGGGAGGGAGAAUAACGAGCGAUUAUCCACAUCCAAUGGAAAGAUGUCACCAACUCGCUACCAUGCAAACAGCAUGGGUCAGAGGUCAUACAGUUUUGAAGCCUCAGAAGAGGACCUAGAUGUAGAUGAUAAAGUAGAGGAAUUAAUGAGGAGGGACAGCAGUGUGAUAAAAGAGGAAAUCAAAGCCUUUCUUGCCAAUCGGAGGAUUUCCCAAGCAGUUGUUGCACAGGUAACAGGUAUCAGUCAGAGCCGGAUCUCUCACUGGCUGUUGCAGCAGGGAUCAGACCUGAGUGAACAGAAGAAAAGAGCGUUUUACCGAUGGUAUCAGCUUGAAAAGACAAACCCUGGGGCUACGCUAAGUAUGAGACCCGCGCCCAUUCCAAUAGAGGACCCGGAAUGGAGACAAACGCCUCCCCCAGUCUCAGCUACAUCUGGCACCUUCCGACUGCGACGAGGGAGUCGAUUUACCUGGAGAAAGGAGUGCCUGGCUGUCAUGGAAAGUUACUUCAAUGAGAAUCAAUACCCAGAUGAAGCAAAGAGAGAAGAAAUUGCAAAUGCUUGCAACGCAGUUAUACAGAAGCCAGGCAAAAAACUGUCAGAUCUGGAACGAGUUACCUCCCUGAAAGUAUAUAAUUGGUUUGCUAACAGACGGAAGGAGAUCAAGAGGAGAGCCAAUAUCGAAGCAGCAAUCCUGGAGAGUCAUGGGAUAGAUGUACAGAGUCCCGGAGGCCAUUCCAACAGUGAUGACGUCGACGGAAAUGACUACUCAGAGCAGGAUACUUGGCAAGUACGCAAUGGGGAGGAGGAGGAGGGAAGAAGUUCAGAGGGAGGCAGAGAAGCAGAGAAGGACGACAGCACUAGCCAUAGUGACCACCAAGACCCCAUCUCAUUAGCUGUGGAAAUGGCAGCAGUCAACCACACUAUCUUGGCGUUGGCCCGACAAGGAGCCAACGAAAUCAAGACAGAGGCCCUGGAUGACGACUGAUGAGGGAGGACUGGACACGAGAAGUUAACUUAGUUUAGACGUAGCACCUUAGCAGACUUCCUCGGUCCUUCACGUGUGUUCUUACAGUAUACCUUGCAGUUUCUUGUAUGUCAGUUAGCUGUUAGGAUCUUGUUCUGUGAAGAUGGCAUGGUGCCCUCAGCCUUUGCAUAUACUCUCUCAGUAUUAAUUCCCAGUAAAUAAUAACCAACCAACCAACCAACCAACCAAACUUCCCUCUCCCAGCCCCCGAGGCUAGAAAAUCUUGCUGCUCUGUCUUAGCAUUCCAAGAAAGUGCUUCCAGGUAUUUAGAUAGCCCUCAGUUCUCCAAUAUUAGGCUGUGUGUAAAACCUUGGGUACCUUUAGAUUCCUGUAACACUAGUCUGUACCCCUUUUCCUUCCCCGAGACUGGUAGGAUGCAAGCUGAGGUCGUGUGGCCCAGGAUGGACAGAGGGCAUUCGGGGAGUACCCGCAGAGUAAAAGGGACACUAGAACCCCCACCUCAGUGUGGGAAGAAGUGAUUUCCAGCUGCAAUAAGCCGUGCCUCAUAAUAGUCACACGGUGGCUAGAUUAUACUUCUUUGGGUGCUGUGCUAAGAAUGUCAGUGGAAACACUCGAUCUCAGAUUUUGGUUGAUGUUAACAUGCCUGACACAGACAUCCUUUCCUCUCACAAGCUGUGUGACUUAAGUAGAUAAAAUACUGCCUCUGCCUUUGGGACCAUGAUUAAAACAAACAGAAAAAUGACAAAAAACAAAAGUCAUUUAAAAAAACAAACAAACCCACAAAGCCCAGCUUGAGAGCACUGGGAAAAAACAUGAGCUGAAUGUCUAAUGGAUGUUAAGUCCAGUUCUCAGAACCACUAUACAGUACGUGGCACAGGUACAUGCCGGCCUGGAAAGGUGCUGGAGGUCGUCACGGAAGCUGCUUUGCCUCCUGUCUGUGUCCCCUUUCCCUGCUACCAAAAAAAGGCAUUUCGAGGAUGGAGCUAAGGUCAAAAGUGAGUGAAUGAACUUCCAGUCUUUGUAUCCAUUAACUGAAGCCCCCUCAACAUGAGAGGUUUAUAGAGGACUUGAUUAGCGGGAUUAUGCUGACUGACUCUCACAAACGCAAAUACUUUCCUAACUAGGAGCAGAAAAAAGCAGGGGACGUUUGCCACUUAUGCGGUGGGUCUGCGAGAUACAACAGGAUGUGACUGCUUUGGUGUUCUCUUUACUCUGUCCUUGUAGAGGUGUGAAAAGCUAUAUUGCUACAGGCAAUUUAUUUAAUAAUUGGAAGCCAUAUUGAUAAUGGAUGUGGUAAUAUUUGUAAAGUUUAAUCUACUUUAAGCGGCAGUAACUAAUGGAAUUUUUUUCCUUGAUCACAUAUGUAGCACUUUUGUUACUUUUUAAAGAUAUUUAUAUUUGAUAAAUCUUUUUUUCAUUUUGAGAACUCAAAAUACCAAACAGUGAACUUGAGUUAUAAAGUCACCCUGUGAUCACCUUGUCGUCCAGUAGCAAAGUGAUGAACUAUUCAUGCGUCCAAGAAAAUUACAUCUGCUGGCCUUGUAUGAAAAUGAUCUCUUGGCAUCCCGAUUAAAGGACACACUGUCACUGUGGGUAAGAGGAAACAGCCUUCAGUGUAGCAGCGUAGGGUGCGUCUGAAAGAGGCACAGCUGCUCUCUAUUUCCUGCCUCGUUCCCUCUCCUUCCUACAGACAACGAAGCCUCGUUUAAAGGGGAAUAUGGGCCUGGCUGUUAAGCGGGGCUUCGUCUAUUUAUCCAUUGCCUGAAAGUGAUUCUAAAAUUGAAGGAGGGUGCCAUUUCCUUACCUCUUCACCCUUCCUCCCCCACCAAAUGUUUUCAACUUAAAACCACUGAGAGAGAGAAUGACUGGCCGCCUUCAUUUCUCCUUUCCUCAGCAGUGAGUUUGAACAUCCGCCAGCUUCUAGCUGCUCUCACUCCACCUAAGGCACACGCUGAUGAGAUCGCCUCCACUGUCUGUUCAUCCUGCUUAUGUCAGUGUGAGGAAGCCUUUGAGAGGCAUGAAGGUGCCACCUUCUAUGGGUCUGUGACUUUAUAGAGCUACAGGCAGGGCCUGGGCCUGCUCUUGUCCUUGGAUUUCAGGGGGAAAAUGUAUAUAUUUUUUUCCAGCUUUCAAGAAUUGAAGUAAAAUGGAGUAGUCUUUUCUGUUUAACUAUAUUACUUGAACCAACGAAUUCAAAAGUAGCAUUUGUUAUUCUCAGGAAUGAUCGAUCCCCCCCACUCAUUUUCUUUCUCCGUGUGUUUGACUUUUUAUUUCUAUUAGAAGACUGUGUUAUCUUUCUUUCCUUUGAUAUUAUUUAGAAAAAAAUACAACAUAUCUUUCCA